AUGGCGGUGGAUACUUGGGCUGCCAACUUCACGGCCCCCUUCGAGGUCGACAAGCUCCUCGAAGUUCGCAUGUCGGGCAUGAAAAAAAUGCCAGGGCUGAAUGUCAAUACGGGAAUAGAUAAGAAAAUCUGCGAUGGUCCCAUGAAGAUUGGCAAACUCGGCCUUGAAGGCGACUGGCAUGACCUGACCUUUCACGGCGGCCCGGACAAGGCCAUCCUUGGGUAUUGCUCUUCUCACUACGAGAAUUGGAAAACGUCGUAUCCGGAGCGCGCUGAGAAGUUUGUCCCCGGUGGCUUUGGCGAAAACUUUGUCACCUCCCACAUGAACGAGCGGAACGUCUGCAUCGGCGACAUCAUCGCCUUUGGCCCAGAGGUUCAGUUGCAAGUGUCGCUGCCGCGGCAGCCGUGCUUCAAGCUGAAUCAUCGCUUCUCCUUGAAGAAUUUCGCUCCCGUUACGUAUCAGACCAGUCGAACGGGGUGGUACUACCGCGUGGUGCGGGAGGGGACGGUCAACGCAGGGGAUGAGAUUCGUCUCGUAGAGCGCAAGUGGCCGCAGUGGACUAUCGAGAGGAUCCAAGAAUACUUGCAUCGCGAUAAGGAUAAUCUCGAGAUGAACAAACAGAUUGCUGAGAUUGAGGCUCUUGGCGAAGAGAGCCGUGGGCAAUUCCGAAACAGGGUCGCCAAGGCAGGCAAGAAGAAGACCCCCAAAAAGGAAGACAAAUGGGUAGAUUACAAAAUCGUCCAACGCAAAAUGGAAACAAAAAGGAUCGUGGGACUCUCACUGGAGUGUGUGAAUCCCGAUCCAGAGGCUGAGCUCCCGUUGCUGGGAGCGCAUGCCAGACUCAAGCUACCCAAUGGGCUUAUCAGAACGUACUCUGUCGUCUCGAGCGGCGACUCGGUAAUGGAAAUGAAGGACAAGUUUGAGCUGGGGAUAGCACUCGAGGAAAAUAGCCGCGGUGGUUCACGUUAUCUACACGAGACAGCCAAAGUCGGGGACAUCAUCCAGGUUGGUCGCAUCACCACCGACGUGAACCCAGCCGGCUCUGCCAGCAACCACCUCUUCAUCGCAGGAGGCAUCGGCAUCACUGCGUUUCUGGCACUCAUGCGAGCCAUGCUAUCCAUUAAUUGGAGCUGUCAGCUGCAUUACGCGAUUCGAUCCGCCGACGAUAUCCCCUUUCUCGAGCGUCUGGACGCAUUCAAAGACAACGUCGUCUUCUAUGACAAGUCCAAAGGCGAGAGAAUGGAUAUACAUAGUAUUAUUAAAAAUAUGCUCUGGAACAGCCACGUAUACGCCUGUGGUCCCAACCGCAUGAUGGAUGCCGUCAAGAACGCAGUGGAAGAAUGUGGCAUCCCGCCAAACGAAGUCCAUUAUGAGGCCUUCGCGGCGGAUAUAUCCGGCGAUCCGUUUGAGGUAGAAAUUGCCAAUAAAGGGGGUAGAGUUCUUAAAGUCGGCGAGGAUGAGAGCUUGCUGGACGUUUUAAGGCGAGACUACCCAGAUGUCGCUUCUAGUUGCGAAGUUGGCAAUUGUGGAACUUGCAAGCUCUCCGUUCGCAGCGGGAGGGUUGAUCACAGAGGCACGGCGCUGCUGCCGGAGGAGAAGGAUUCGGCAAUGCUAUCCUGUGUUAGUCGUGGUAUUGGGAGGAUUGUGGUUGAAGUCUAG